AUGAUUAAUGAGGAAGAGGAGGAUGACGAGUUUUUAAUAAACAAUACACAAUUUAAACCACCAGAUAGAUCAACUUCAGCGCCACCAUCCUUAACAAGAUUGAAUAGUAAUUCAUUAUUUUCAUUUAGAGCAAAUGAAUUUAUCAAUGAUAUUAGAGCAGAUGAACAAUACUAUGAGUUUUAUAUCAAUCAUGUUAACCAAGAUAAAUUACCGCCACCAUUAGAAAUUCAACAAUCUUUUUAUAAUGCACCUGAACCUGAAUCUGAUUUCUCUGGUACUUCAAGAAAUGCUUUCUUCCAAGAGUAUUUCAAACAACCAGUAUUGAAUAUUCCACAACCACAACAAUUUUAUCAAAAACCUCCAAUCCCACAAACACAACAAACACAACAACCACAACAAUAUUAUCAACCAAUACCACAACAACCGCAAAUUCAACAACCAAUUCCACAUAAACCACCACAACAACAACAGCAACAACAAACACCACAACCACCAUAUCUACAAAGACAACCAUCUUUUGGUAAUGCACCAAUUGGUUAUCCAUUACCACAACAGCAACAACAGGCCUAUCAACAACAGCAACAACAAUUACUUCAACAACAGCAACAACUAUUACAACAACAACAACAGCAACAACAACUACAGCAACAGCAAUUAUUACAGCAACAAUUACAACAACGUCAAUUAUUACAACAACAGCAACAACGUCAACAACAGCAACAACAACAAUAUUUACAACAGCAACAACAAUUUAAUAAUAGUAAUAAUAAUAAUAAUAGCAGCCAUCAUCAUCAUCAACAACAACAACAACAACAGCAACAACAACAAAAUGGUAACAAUGAUUUAUGGGCUGUUCAAAGUGAAUUAUAUUCAUUGAAAAUGAAUGAUGGAAAACCAGAUGACUAUAUCGUAAAAUCAUCAUUUGAUGUUGCUUUCUCAACUGUUAAUCAAUUUUUCGAUGAACCACGUAGUAACAGUAACAGUCUUCCAAGAAGCACAUCAAACUCUUCAUUGAAUCAAAUUUUUGAGCCACAACUUAGAAAUAGUAAUAUUAAUAGUAACAACAACAACAACAACAGCAAUAAUAAUAAUAAUAAACAACCACCACAACCCCCACAAUCAAAUGGCGUUAGCGGUAAUGGCGCUAUAGUUAGACCAAUUGCAAAAGUUGGUAAUAAUCUUUUACAUUCACCAAUUGAUUUAAAUCAAUUUUCAAACUUUAAUGGAAAUAUGAACGGUACUACAUCAAAUAAUAAUAAUAAUAAUAAUAAUAAUAAUAAUAAUAAUAAUAAUAAUAAUAAUAAUAGUAAUAAUAAUAGUAAUAAUAAUGGCAAUGGUAACAGCAACAGCAAUAGCAGUAAUAAUAAUAAUACAGUACAUCCAGCUAGAACACCAACCCCACCACAAUCUAGUGGCAAUUCAACAUCACCAUCACAACAUUGUAGAUAUUUCACCCAAGGUUAUUGUAGUAAAGGAAGUAAAUGUAACUUUGUACAUGACAGUGAAACUUCCUCUGAAAAGGUCGAAGAAAAACAACAAAAUGUAUCACCAAUUACAUCCACAAAUAAUAAUAAUAAUAAUAGUAGCAGUAGUAAUAAUAACACCAAUACUAAUAAUAACCACAACAAUAGUAAUAAUAAUAAUAAUAAUAGCGUAAAUAAUAGUAAUAGUAAUAGUAAUAGUAGUAAUAAUAAUAAUAACAAUAAUAAUAAUAAUAACAAUAAUAAUAAUAAUAGUAAUAAUAAUAAUAGUAAUAAUAGUAAUAGUAAUAAUAAUAAUAAACAAAAUAAUAGAAAUAAUAAUAACAAUAAUAAUAACAGUAAUAAUAAUAACAAUAAUAGCAAUAAUAAUAGUACAAAUAGUAAUAAUACACAAAAUAAUAAUAAUAAUACACAAUCAAGAAAAAGUUUACCAGUUGAACUUCAACCAAGUAAUAUUAUGCAAUUAACAAAAGUUCAACCACAUAGUAAACAACAACAAGGUGGUAGAGGUAGAAAUAAUCCAAUGAUGCAAAAUCAACAACAAAUGGCACAACUUUCUAUUACUAGCCCACCAAUUACAGAUCCAAUCACAAGUGAUAUAAGUAAAAAGAUUGAUUUGAUUGCAAACAAGACCUAUACAUCUAUUGAUCAAGUAAUGGGAUCCAUUUAUCCAUUGUGUCGUGAUCAACAUGGUUGUCGUUUCCUUCAAAAGAAAUUGGAGGAGAGUGACCUUCAAUUGACAGAGAUUAUCUUUAAGGAAGUUUGUGAUUAUAUGUUGGAGUUGAUGACCGAUCCAUUUGGUAACUAUUUAUGUCAAAAACUUUUAGAGCAUUGCAAUGAUCGACAACGUCUUACUAUCAUUGAAAAGGUUGGUACUGACAUUGUUCGUAUCAGUAUGAAUAUGCAUGGUACACGUGCCGUUCAAAAGAUGAUUGAAUACCUCACCACACCUGAACAGAUUCAAUUGAUUAAGCGUUCCCUCAAGGAUAGUGUCGUACCUUUGAUUCAAGAUCUCAAUGGUAAUCAUGUCAUUCAAAAAUGUUUAAAUAAAUUAUCACCACAAGAUAAUCAAUUCAUCUAUGAUGCUGUCUCUAGUGAUGGUAGUUGUAUUGCCGUUGCCACCCACAGACAUGGUUGUUGUGUCCUUCAAAGAUGUAUCGAUCAUGCUUCAGAGUCUCAAAAACUUCAAUUGAUUCAAGAGGUCAUUGCAAACUCUUUGGUUUUGGUUCAAGAUCCAUAUGGUAACUAUGUGGUACAAUAUGUUUUGGACCUCCCAUUCCAAGGCUUGGCCACCGAAAUGGCAAAACGUUUCGUUGGUCAUGUUCCAAUCUUGGCAACUCAAAAAUUCUCUUCAAAUGUUGUCGAGAAAUGUUUACAUGUUGCCGAUGCAAUCACUCGUGGUUACUUAAUUCAAGAAGUCAUAGAUUAUGAUAACCUUUUACACCUUUUACAAGAUCCUUACGCAAAUUAUGUAAUCCAAACUUCUUUAACAAUCUCUGAACCACAUCAACAUACUAAAUUGGUUGAAGCUAUUCGUCCACAUUUACCAUUAUUAAAGAAUACUCCAUAUGGCAAACGUAUUCAAAAUAAAAUUAUUAAAGAAGGAAGAGAUACUUAUAAUUUUAAUUAA